CGUAUUCAUCCUCCAUGCCGAACACUUGACACGCCACAGGGGCACAGAUCUUACCCCCUCGCGUUUUCUACAUUCCCUAGAAACAUGAUAGAACACUUGCACCUCCUUCAAUAACAUACUCACCACCAUGGGGCCUCGCGAACGUGCCGUAAACGACGAGGAAACCGAGCCACUUACUCGCGAAGAAACGAUUCCGCGCCGCUCAGAAGACGAGUUCUCCAAUGCCUCCGUAUCCUCCGCGUCGACCACCUCGCUCAUUCUAGAACACAUCAACAAUACCGCGGCAAACCAUGCCUCAAAUCCGGAGUUGCAGGAGAAGUAUAGGGACGAGGACAGCGAGCCCGAUCGCCGGCGCGAGGACUUGGACAUUGAAGAUGGGCGAUAUCAGGGAUCAACGCAUGUGGAUAAGAAGGCACGGCGACUGCUAUGGAUAGUUGGCGCGAUCUGUGUUGCGGGCUGGGCGCUUGCUCUUGUCUCGUUCCUCGUCCGAGGGAGCUAUAAGCCUGCGUCCACGCGCCCGCAUGAUCCUCUUGCCCCAGUGACCAAGGGGUCGGGAAAGAAGGUCACGCUGGAUAGCGUCCUGGGAGGCCAAUGGUAUGCUACGAGGCAGAGCGUGGAAUGGAUUGCGGGCCCGGACGGGCAGGACGGGUUGCUCCUGGAAACAGGUGUCUCGGGCAAGGAGUACCUCGUUGUUGAAAAUGUGCGCAACUUGGAUAGCUCGGAAGCUUCCGUGAACAGGACCGUUCUGAUGGAGCAGCGGUCCUUUGACGUUGGGGGCAAGUUCGUCACCCCGAGCAGGGUGUGGCCCAGCAACGACUUCCGGAAAGUGCUGGUCAUGUCGGAAGAGACGAAGAACUGGCGGCAUUCCUUCACUGGACUCUACUGGAUCUUCGAUGUGGAGACGCAGACUGCGCAACCUCUGGACCCAGAGAAUCCCGAACGCAGAAUACAGCUCGCAUCCUGGUCACCGCAAUCAGAUGCCGUGGUUUUCACCCGGAACAACAACAUGUUUUUACGGAAGUUGGACUCUGACCGCGUCGUCCAAAUCACUUUGGAUGGAGGAUCUGAGCUAUUCUACGGAGUUCCCGACUGGGUGUACGAGGAGGAGGUGUUCCAAGGAAACAGUGCUACAUGGUGGUCCGAAGACGGCGAGUACAUCGCCUUCCUCAGAACGGACGAGUCCAAGGUUCCCACCUAUCCUGUACAGUACUUCAUUGAGCGCCCCAGCGGAAAGAAGCCGAAACCUGGACAGGAAUCAUAUCCGGAAGUACGAAACAUUAAGUAUCCCAAGGCCGGUGCGCCCAACCCUGUAGUCACGCUUCAGUUCUACGAUGUCGCCAAGGGAGAUGUCUUCUCUGUGCACAUUGAUGACGACUUCUCGGACAACGAUCGCUUGAUCACGGAGGUAGUUUGGGCUGGCCGUAGCAAGAAAGUCCUAGUGCGCGAGACGAAUCGCGAGAGCGAUAUCCUUAAAGUCGUACUGAUCGACGUCGAGCGACGUAAUGGCAAGACGGUCAGGGAGGAAAACGUCUUGAAGCUCGACGGUGGAUGGUUCGAAGUCUCCCAGCGAACAAAGUUUGUGCCUUCGGAUCCCCGCAGAGGUCGAAACAGAGAUGGCUACAUCGACACCAUCAUUCAUGAGGGAUACGAUCAUAUCGGAUACUUUACACCCUUGGACAAUCCCGAACCGAUAGUACUUACGAAGGGACAAUGGGAAGUCGUCGAAGCGCCUUCGGCCGUCGACCUGGAGAACAAUCUAGUCUACUACAUCUCCACCGAACGGUCCUCCAUCGAAAGACACCCGUACGUCGUCAAGCUGGAUGGAACUGGCAAGAAGGAAGUCGUGGAAGAUAGUGCUGCAGGAUAUUACGACGCGCAUUUCUCCACCGGCGGCGGCUACGCCCUCAUCACCUACGACGGCCCCGGCAUCCCCUGGCAAAAAAUCAUCAGCACCCCGUCCGCCAAAGACAAAUACGAAAGGACACUCGAGAAGAACGAGCGACUCGAAAAACUCGUCAAGCAGCACGAACUCCCCAUCCUCAACUACCAAGAAAUCGAAGUCGACGGCUUCAAGCUCAACGUCCUCGAGCAACGUCCCCCGCACUUCAACCCCAAGCGGAAAUACCCCGUCCUCUUCUACCAAUACAGCGGGCCCGGCUCCCAGACCGUCGACAAGAAAUUCAAGGUCAAUUUCCAAUCCUACAUCGCCUCCAGCUUGGGCUACAUUGUCGUCACCGUCGACGGCCGCGGCACAGGCUACCUCGGGCGCAAACUGCGCUGCAUCACGCGCGGCAACAUCGGCCACUGGGAGGCGCACGACCAGAUCGCCGUGGCGAAGCUGUGGUCGCGGAAGAGCUACGUCGACGCCGAGCGCAUGGCCAUCUGGGGCUGGAGCUACGGCGGCUUCACGACGCUCAAGACGCUCGAGACGGACGCCGGCCAGACGUUCAAGUACGGCAUGGCCGUCGCGCCCGUCACCGAUUGGCGCUUCUACGACUCCGUCUACACGGAGCGAUACAUGCACACGCCGCAGAACAACCCCGAGGGCUAUGCAAACUCGACCAUCAGCGACGUGCAGUCGCUCUCGCAAAACGUCCGCUUCCUCGUCAUGCACGGCGUCGCCGACGAUAACGUGCAUAUGCAGAAUACGCUCACCUUGCUAGAUAAGUUGGAUCUCGCGGGCAUAGAGAAUUACGACGUCCAUGUCUUUCCGGACUCGGAUCAUAGCAUUUAUUUCCAUAAUGCGAAUCGCAUUGUUUAUGAUAAAUUGAGUUCUUGGCUUGUCAAUGCGUUCAAUGGGGAGUGGCUCCGGAUCGAUAGCCCCGUGCCUAAAGCGCAGGGGGAGGGUAAAGCAAAGGAGAAAGAGUAGUUGUUUUGCAUUUGACUUGUAUUGGCGUUUUGGGUUGUGCUUGUGAAGCCUGUGGAUGAUACCCAGACUAAGAUGAGGGGCGAGGGCGGCGUAGAUAUCGCUGAUAUUCAUGUAGAUACUGUACAUACCAAUCGAAUCAUCUGGACUCC